AUUGAGUAUACAUGGCUUUGGCGAAUCGAAAAGUAAACAACGCAGAUGUCUUCGUUGGUUGGAGUUUACUGCUCCGACAUUUAUUAGACUCCCGACAAACUGUGCCCUCUGGAUGAUCAGCCAUGCCAUUGCAGCGCGGUUCUAUGACUGUCAGUUCCAGACAGCGGACUCAGCGCUGCACGAGAGUGCGCAUUGCGGCGACACACACACGCUCCGGAAACUGCUCGUUCAAGACAUCUACAAAGACCAGAUUGACAAGCGGAAUCAUUUGGGAUGCACACCACUGAGACUAGCCGCCACUGGAGGUCAUGUGGAGGCAUCAAGAAUAUUACUUGAGGCUGGAGCAUCCAUCGACAUCUCUGAUGUGAAAGGUCAGACACCAUUGUUUGUAGCGGUGAAGAACAACCAUUAUCAAUGUGCCCACCUUCUCCUCCAACAUGGAGCAAACCCUGAAGGCAGUGAGGAGAAUGUUGCCACGCCACUCUACACAGCAGCCAUGAGUGGCUUCCUGGUCAUGGUCGAGAUCUUGAUCAAAUUUGGUGCAAAUGUGACAGGUCAGAAUGUCCGAGUUUUUCGGCCGUUCAGCAUGGACCCCCUCCAGAUAGCCGUAGCAUACCAGCAGUUUGGUUGUGUGAAAAUCCUUCUGCGAGCUGGUGCCAACAUUCAGAACCUUUCUAGGGAGGCAGCUCCCCUGUAUCACAUCGCAGUGAAGCAGAAGUGUACAGUGGAGUUCCUGCAGCUGUUGUAUGAGUUCGGAGUGUCGGUGUUUACCAGAGACAAUCAUGGCAAGUUGCCCUGGCAGUAUGACUUGUCAGGAUACCCUGAGGCUGAGAGAGACAAGGUGCUUCAAUACAUCUGCACAAUACGAGAGGAACCCCGCAGUCUGAAGUCUAGCUGCAGAUUAUGUAUCUACCAUGCUCUGAGCCGGUCUUACCGUCUGAAGAGGCUGGACUCCCUGUGUCUACCCAGCACACUGCUUGACUACCUCACAUACGCUGACAUACACAGGUGACAUACACAGGUGACAUGCACAGGUGACAUACACAGGUGACAUGCACAGGUGACAUGCACAGGUGACAUGCACAGGUGACAUAUACAGGUGACAUGCCAGGAAUAUGGCCUUCCAUUGACAAAUUCAGCACAUACUGCAAAUGACAAAUCAAGGUUUUCAAUAAUGUGUUUGUUACAGCCACACAAGAUGUUCCGUGAAGAUUGACACCCGUGAUGGUAAAGUGAAGGUGAUUGGGUGCUACUGCAGAGUUGCUUUCUCAGUGACCACUGUAUCUAGUCACUUUUAAGUUUGACCAACACAAGUCUUCAGUCUGUAAGCAUAAAUCGAUAGGCUUCUUCACUGCAUCAGCAAAAAUACUUUGUGUUGAUAUGAGACACACAUGAAUUUUUUGUUAAAGGGUAUACCCCUUAAUAUAUAUUUCUUUCAUGACUGAUAGGAUUUCUUUGGCAAAAUCUUUAAACCUAUUCACCUUGAGGAAGAAGCUGUAAGAAUGUCCUGGAAGUUUUUAUGUUAUGUAAUGAUGAACCUGUUCAUGAUGUCUGCAACUAUCUUCCCACCAAACCUCAGUAGGCUGUAUGGCUACAUAGAUGUCCUCUCUGCAAUGACCCUCAAGCAAGGGGAGACAACUCUUGUGUGUACUUUUGUGAUAAUACAAGUAGUAGAUAGCA